AUGUCCAAUCCACCGUUGUCUAAAAGCUGGGUGGACAUUCGUCGGGCUCUAGAGGAGGCUCGGGACCUCAGCGCAGACACUGCAGCCAACACCCUACUGGAAACCGUCGCGGGAGAAAUAUGGGCUCGGAUACAGGCUCAACCAGACACCUACCUUCUUAGUCGAGACGAGUUCGCCGUUUUCAAUUUAUACCGAACACGAUACCCGGGCGAAACCGCCCAACGAGCUGUGGCUCGUUUCUGGGAUAGCUAUCAGGGAGGCAAUUCCAAUGGAAGCAAGAAAUAG